AAUCGAGACCAGGGGAGCAUUUAAUAAAAAAAACUGCGGACUGGGCCACUGUAAUCACUAACGUGUUUAAACCGGCCUCCACGUCCCCGUUUUGUGUCGUUUUAAGGAUUCGCUGCUCCCUUUUCAUCGGCGUCUCCUCAGUCGUCGCCUGAGCGCGCUGCAGACUGAGAGGCCCGUUCCACCGCUAUAAUAUAUAAGUAGGCGUCGGGGCUCCAUGAUAUUAUGACACAUGGAUUAACAGAGGGGUUCUGCUCUUUUACGGGUCACCCGUCGGUCUCGGGCAGCUCCUAGAAGAAGAUGCCCCAUUCUCCCUGCGCUCGAGGAGUCUUCGCUGCCUUGUGGGGGAGUGGGUUACAUCCUGUGGCGUUUCCUGUGUUUGUAAACUAGACGCUAUUGAAAACGUCGGGCGAGUGAAGCGGAGAGUUUUAAUGCUAGAUGAGUGAGGUGGGUGUGGCUUCCCACCAGCCCGACCAUCCUGACUGACGGAUCUCUGGAUGACCUUGUCCCCACCCCUGUCCGUGCGCUCACAUACACCACAGCCAUGUCACAUCUGCCCAGCAGCUCAGUCCGCGACCAUAUGAAAUGGGCGGGGCUGCUUGGCUGCGAAGCUGUCCUCUCUAGUAUGGCCCUGAUGCAGGCCAGCACUAUGGCUGCUCCACCCAAAAAAAUGAUAGCUCCCCUUGGCCAUGCACCUCCACAGAGGGAGGGACCUGACCGUGCUCCCCAGAGUCAUAUGAUCCUUCCGUCAGGAAUGAGCUGCCCACCACUGCUUAUCCGGAAGGAAGGUGAAUUCCAAGCUCCCCGCCUACUGGAUGAGAAGGAGAUGAGGGCCAACGAGGACAUGCAGCAGAAAAAAAAGAACAGGAAAUCAGUAACGCCCUGUAAAGUGAGGGAGCAAGAAGGAAGGGGAGGGAAGGGCACAGAUGAGAAUGGCCCAUCAUCUAAAGUGCAGAAAAACUUCAUUUGUGAUCACUGUUACGGUGCGUUUAGGAGCGGAUACCACCUGAAGAGACACAUCCUCAUUCACACAGGGGAGAAGCCGUAUGCUUGUGCCAUAUGUGACAUGAGGUUUAUUCAGCGUUACCACCUGGAGAGACACAGCCUCAUUCACACGGGGGUGAAGCCGUACGCUUGUUCCAUGUGUGACAUGAGGUUUUUCCAGCGUUACCACCUGGAGAGACACAGACUCACUCAUACGGGGGUGAAGCCGUACGCUUGCUCCAUGUGUGACAUGAGGUUCUUCCAACGUUAUCAUCUGGCAAGACACAGCCUCACUCAUACUGGGGUGAAGCCAUACGCUUGCUCCAUGUGUGACAUGAGAUUUUUUCAACGCUACCACUUGGCAAGACACAGCCUCACUCACACGGGGGUGAAGCCAUAUGCUUGCUCCAUGUGUGACAUGAGAUUUUUCCAGAGAUACCACCUGGCAAGACACACUCUCACCCAUACGGGGGUGAAGCCAUACGCUUGCUCCAUGUGUGACAUGAGGUUCUUCCAGCGUUACCAUUUGGCAAGACACAGCCUCACUCAUACUGGGGUGAAGCCAUAUGCUUGUACCAUGUGUGACAUGAGGUUUAUACAACGUUACCAACUGGAGAGACACAGUCUUACGCAUACAGGGGUGAAGCCGUACGCUUGCACCAUGUGUGACAAGAGGUUUUUUCAGCGCUACCACCUGGCGAGACACAGCCUCACUCAUAUGGGUGUGAAACCUUAUGCUUGCACCAUGUGUGACAUGAAGUUUUUUCAGCGUUACCACCUGGCGAGACACAGCCUCACUCAUACGGGUGUGAAACCUUAUGCUUGCACCAUGUGUGACAAGAGGUUUUUUCAGCGCUACCACCUGGCGAGACACAGCCUCACUCAUAUGGGUGUGAAACCUUUUGCUUGUACCAUGUGUGACAUGAGGUUUGUUCAGCGUUACCACCUGGCGAGACACAGCCUCACCCAUACGGGUGUGAAACCUUAUGCUUGCACCAUGUGUGACAAGAGGUUUUUUCAGCGCUACCACCUGGCGAGACACAGCCUCACUCAUAUGGGUGUGAAACCUUAUGCUUGCACCAUGUGUGACAUGAGGUUUGUUCAGCGUUACCACCUGGCGAGACACAGCCUCACUCAUACGGGGGUGAAGCCAUAUGCUUGUUCCAUGUGUGACAUGAGGUUUAUUCAGCGUAACCACCUGGAGAGACACAGCCUCACUCAUACGGGGGAGAAGCCAUUUGCUUGUGACAUGUGUGAUAUGAGGUUUAUCCAGCGCUACCACCUUGAGAGACACAAGCGUGUCCAUAGUGGGGAGAAGCCUUACCAGUGUGAACGGUGCCAGCAGAACUUUUCACGGACAGACCGGCUGCUGCGGCAUCGGCGGUUGUGCCAAGGCCGCAGCGUAGCCAAAGUAGAGAACCAGCCAUGUUGUGAACCACGCCCAUAUGCCCAGGAACCUCCACCCGCACCACCAACCUGGAGCCCUCUCCACCCCCCUCCGGGCCGCCUGGCAGUCUGACAUUCCGCCUUCCCUGCAUCCACAGCACCGCCAGCGAUGGGACAAGCCACAGGGUUUCUUCUUUUCAGCUCUGUGCUUAGCGGCACCACACUCUAGCACAGGCUGAUCUCGCAGCUCCAGUCUCUGAACUACUAAUGGCAGAGGGACAUUUGUGCUUUUAUUUUGUUAACUUUUUACUGUUUCCUUUUAUUCCCAGUUUUUUAAGACAAGUUUUCUGUGAUGACUAGUGGUCCUGUUUUUGUACUUAACCUGUUUGAGUUUUGCAAAAAAAAAAAAAAAGAACUGUUAUCUGCAUUUAAUGGUACUUGUGGGGAUGGGUGGCGACUAUUGUUGGUCCUGACAUGUCAGCGGGAGACUGGGAUGAAGUGGUGAGGAUGUGUAUUCGAGCAUCUUCCUGUUUUUUGUGGCCCGUUUAUGCUCAAGAAGAAUAUCACUGCUCAGAAUCAAUAAACCUGAACUUUACAUCCAAUUAUUGCAGAAAUAAAUCUGUUGGUGUCCUGUGGAUCUGCUACAUACACAUAAGAGGACUUAUGAGUAUUGAAUUGUUUUUACUAUUACCUAUUUGCAUUUUUCAAUGGGACUUGAGUGAGAAUUCUCUGUGCAGUAAAGGGGCCAAGAGAAACAAAAGAAAGUAAUGGAAAUUGGGCUCAAAUUCAGUUUUGUGUCCUGAGAAAACCUGAGUAAUGUGAGCAUGUUUAUUAAAACGAUAUAACCGUUUUACCUGACUGUAAUGCCGGACUUCCAAGAAUUGGAGGAUGAGGCAACCUGCAGCCGCCCGGGUGUGUGUGCUCACCCUGUUAUGUCUGGAAGACUCAGGAAAUGGCGCAGCAUGGCAUCCUUAGCAAGUCCUCCUCUCGAGUUGUGCUAUUGUGCUUACAGUUGUGCGUGCGUGUGUGUGUGUAUAUAUAGAUAUAUACAGAGCUCUCCAGUACCUACCAGAAAGCUGUUCCUCCUGACUCUGUCCACAGGGUCUGGUUUAAAACAGUGCAAGUCGGCCACUCAGUACCAUUAGAUUUGUACAGAUUCUUAUGAGUUUACCGGGGGUAUACAAAAUCUUGUGGCCUUAGUGUAUUUUCUUUUUUUUUUUUUUUGUUCAUUUGUUUAUUUUUCUCGGCUAUUAUUAUUUUAUUGUGGAUCAGAUGUAUUUACUAAAACAAGACAGCCUUUCAUCAAAUCUUAUUUUUUAAUUUGUUGGGUCCUAAAGCUGUCAUAGUUACAGAAUGUUGAUGGCUUCAGUAGUGCUACAGCAGACAGUCGGCUGUCCAGGGGCUGGGUCAUUGGCACUGAUUACAGUGUAACAGUAAAUAAUCCUGAAGGAGGUCCUGGUCCUUGUUAGAAGUCAGUUGUGCUAAAUUUCCUUCCCACUGCAGUGCAUUGGCCUGCCUGAGGCCACGGCAGAAUCAACACAUGCUUGACUCUGCUACACACUAACAAUUGCCUUUUUUUAUCCAAAUAUUAUGUGGUUGGUGUGUUAUAAUGGAUGUCUGUCAUGUCAUUGGGUUUAGCCUUAAGUACGUGCGGCUACAUAAAUAAUCAUUGUAGUACUAAAUGAUAUUGUAACAAACUGUUUCUAUUAACUUUGGUCGUACUGUGUGCAGGUCAGGGCAGUUGUUGCCUGUUGAAGAAUUUCUCAAACUUGAUCCUUUCUGUGACGGGUGAGGUCCACUGGGCGGAGCGUAAUUGGACAUAUCAUGGCAUCUCAACUGAUCUCUGAUAACACGACAAGGAACAAAUGACUGAAACCUUCAGGGGACUACAGUUUUCAUGUAGAUCCUGAGUUCGAAUCAUUUUAAGGCCUUUGAAUGUGGCAAUGGGAUCCCAGUGUUUUUGAUCUGGUGUGUUUAAGUCCAGAUGUUUUGUUUCCAUACAAAUGACUGGCACAUUUGGGACAAAUGUGCCAGUCAUUUGUUUAUUUUGUUUUUGUUUUUACCAGAAGUAUUACUAAGAAGGUGUCUUUAAUGGUGCAUUGAUAUCAGAGCAGUGUUGCACGAUGGUUAAAUGCGUGCACAAAGAUGGGACAGCUUGAUCUGAACUAAAACCCUGCAGUAGUCAUGGGGCCAAGUUUGAGAAAUGAAAGGCUAUUCUCUGCAAACUCAACUCCCAAACUGUGGAAGGCUGGCGCGAGCACAUAUUUAAAAUGGCUAAAGGGCAAUACAGUAUAUAGUUGGUGUCUCUUGUUAAUAACUUUUUUUGUCAUUUAUUGUUUUUAGUAUUACCAAUCUCAUUGUUAUAAUGCAAUAGAAUCCUUGAGUCUCGAAUCAUGUGUUUAUAAGAUUGAGGUUUUAAUUUUUUUCAGACCGAUUCGAGGAUUGAUGUGUCUGAAAACGUCUCAUCACAUUUUGAUGAUUGUUUCAAGGACCUUUUUUAUUCUGAUACAAUUGUAAACACUGGAGUGAAAGGAAAAAAAAAGACAAAAAAAGAAAUAUGGGUAUUUUUUUCCUUCAGACUGUACUAGACUGUAGGUUUUAGACAAAGCCUGUUUCUCCUCAACAUGACACGGACAAUGGACAGAACAAUUUGGAUCAGUACAGUUGAGAGCCCAGUAUGUUCAGUUAUUUUGAGGUAGUAGUACCACAAGAAAAUGUUUUUUUUCUUACACAAAGUCCCUGGUAUUUGUAGUAAAUUAUAUUGAUAAUGGUAUUAGAUGAACAACAGCAUAACAGUAGCUAUCACAGAUUAGUUGGUUUCUUUAUUAGUCUUGCAUGCAGAGUUAUGGUCCUCAGUUACGAUAGGAUCUUGAUAUUGAUUAUUUUGUGUAGGAGAACAAGUGCAUAAAAGUAACUUCCUAAAAAUGAUAAAAUGAUCAUUGUACAAUGGGCUAACUAAUAUGUACCCUUGUGAUCCAAUUAGUUUCAACAGUAUGAAAAUCAGAGGAGAGGCUUCUUACUAUUACGCUGAAAUAAAAGAAUUUGUAAAGGA